CCCCCGGACGAUGAAUGCAAACAUUUCUCAACCCUCUUCAAAAAGAAAGAAACUCUCAUUACGCAUCACAAACACUAUUCCUUUCGUAUAGUCCUGCGGUUGCUUCACAUCGUUGAUGCCUUUUCUUUCUUUCUUGUGCUCUACAUGCGUAUCUAUGAUCCCUCACCCCAUGUUGUUGUGCGCUGGAAUGCCAAACACACAGCCAACGCACGUCCUACCAGCACAUGUCGUGGAGUAUUGAACUCUCGUUGCUCUAGAACACCCAUUUUCCAUUUUGGUGUGACUGGAUGCAUUAUCCCCUCCCUCCCCUAUUUUUUCUCGUGCGAAUGGGACAGGCACACGGGUAUGUACCGCAUUGUCCUUAAGCAGCAUCACAUGGAGUACUGUAGUAGAGUGAAUCCCCCCCCCCGUGCGCUGGCUGGAAUAAUUACCUAG